GAUCUACGCCAUAGUCUAUAGAGAAUGUAUUUGAUGUGUACACUCGACUCUCUAACAGUUAGAUCUACAGGAGUACGAACGUACGAGGAGCUAGUACUACUACUACUUUUACUAGUAGUAGGAAAUGUUGCCAGUUUCGUGACUGCUGUUUGUCGGCGUUUCGUUUGGCUUCGACUCGUACGAUAGAUCAGGUUCAGAGACAAAAGUGAAAUUUCAUCAAAUUUGCCGUUGAGGCCCUGGCCUUGCCUUGGCUUUGUAAGGCUUUGUUUCAUGGACAUGCACAUUCAUGGCCGGCUAAGGAGUGAGGUAGGCCGGACGUGGUUAGCAAUAGCAGGAUUAAUACAGGUGGAGGAAGCACCGGGAGUUUGGAACAGCCCCAGGGCCCAGGCGCAGCUCAGGCAGGCCCCAGGCCCCAGCCCAGGCGGGCAUAAAGACUAGUAUGGCAGAGGCUGUUCGGCCGAAGGCCAAGGGCAAGGCCAAGAGGAGGACAGGGGGAAAAAAUAAAAAAGCUAAAUCAAGUGAUUCUCCGCUUGAAGGGGAAUCAUCUGCAAAGUUGGAGUCGGAGGAAAAACCAAUUGAGGAGAAUCAAGAGGAAAGUACUGAUUCCAUCUCAGGUUCUUUACAGGAGAGAGGUGAAAGAGACCAAAGUCUAACAACUAGUGAAGAUCCUUUGAAUACUGAAUCUUUGAAGAAAGAAAAUAUUUCUUGUUUUCGAGUGUUGGGAGAUGAUAAACAGACUGGAGAUGAAGUGGAGGAAACUAACCAAGAAAGAAAAAGAGAUGAGAAAGAGGAUAGUGAACCUGAAGACUUAUAUUCAGAUGCUGCAGAAUCGCUUGAGAAAGAUUUGAAACAUGGUGAGGCAACUGCCACAGCUUCGAUGGUUUCUUCUGAUUUUAAACACAGUGAGGCAAUUACAACAGCUUCGGUGGUUUCCUCUGUAAUUGAGUGUCAUGAAGAAGGUGCUUGUGCUGCUGAGAAAGAUGCUUCUUCAGGGAUUCAACAUUCAAACAGGAAUCAAGAUAGUACUGUGCAAGGGACAUCACGCAAUGAAGAAGUUCUCAGGAAACCUAAUCAAUCUGAUACAGUGGCUACUGAAACGGAAGAGAUGAUGGACGAGAGCAAAGGGAUGUGUGCAUCCCAAGGAGAUGAUAGUGUAGAAGAAUUUGACUUCUUGCCAUUUCCCUCUAGAGAAGCUUCCAUUGAUGAGUCUCUGCAGGAAACUACAUCUAAAGGUAUGUGCUAUGGAGAAAUAUGGAGGUUUUCUUGUCUGCAACUUGUCAGGUGAGAUAAUGCUCUAUGGCAUGUAAUCCAAUCUGCAAUAGGGAUUUCAAUCCUGAUGGUUCGUGCUUUAUUACAAUUCCUAGGACGGUUCAGGGAUCAAUACAUUAUGACCGUAUCCCAGCAAGAAAAAAUAACCCAUCUACAUGUACAUGUACAUGUAAAUGAUUCCCUCAUAAUUGUUUGUCAAAAUUUUCUAUUGCAUGUGAUUGGUAUACAUGUAUUGCGCUUUGCAUGCAUCUUAUCCCAAGAGCACAAAUGUGAAAUCAUGUCAUUUGCAGCUAAACUGCUUCUUUUUAGGUGAUCUGUCUGUUGACAGAUCACCUCUUGUGUUUCUACGAAUUUUCUUUUUUAUUUAUUUCUUUAUUAAUUUCUUUAUUUAUUUAUUUUUAUUUUUCCACCCUUUUCUUGUUCCACCAAAAUCAGAAAAAGUGCUCCAUCAAUUUUCAUCAAAAUAUUAUCAAUCAUGCACAGUUAUCAUGCGAUGUGUACGAAACAAGUUCAACGUCAAAUGGUCAUCGUGACGUCGUCUACGCGCCAUUUUGUAAAAUCACAUUAUUAACAAUAUCUUCAUCAUCAACCUUAAAAAAUGAACAAUAUUAACAUGAAAUUAACUUCAGAUCAUGGGUCAACUGUCCAUGUCAUCAAAUGUCAUUAACACGUCACGACGCGCAUGUACGCGCGCGUCAAAAUUUUAAAAAGCUCAAAAUCACUUUUUGAUCAAAGUAGAGUACGAAUCAGGUCAUUUGAAGCAUUUCAAGAAUUUGCGCGCUCACACGUUUUCGCGCGCGUUCAAGCGCGUAACGUCGUUAUGCAAUGUAGAAUCGCCGUUUCUUUUACGUCAAUGCAUUUAUUAUGAAAUUCUGAUUAAUGUGAUACCUUGAUCAACCUUUUACGACCAGUAGUAAAGGAAUUAACUUCCAUCAAAGUUUGAAUCACGCGCGCACGCGCGCGUUCACAAUAGGCCAAAUAUGUGCAAAAACAUGCCUUUACAAAAUUCAAUAUAACUCUUCAGAUAGUCCGUUGACCCCUAAAUUUUCUUUUAUAUUCGGAUAGAGUAUGAAUUGUAGAUGUGAUUUCAUGUCACAUUUGACCCUAAAUUUUAUCAUGACGUCAUCAAAAUGGCGUCGGAACUAAAAUUUUCCAUUUUUGUUUUAUGACGUUUUAAUAAUUUUGCAAAUAUGACUAUAAAUCCGUAAUUGUUGGUAAUUUUUCGCCCAGAUUUCGACAUAUUGUAGCUGUGCUUAUUAUACUCUUACUAAAUAUUUUCUAAAAUUUUCAUUUAUAUUAAUUAUUCAUCCUCAAAACUGAGAAUUUAUAGAGGCAUAUCUCAAUGCCAAUUUUCACUGUCAUAAGUCAAUUUAAGAUAAUAUUCAUUCUUUGAACGAAGAGAGUAUGAGAAGUUUUGUUGUCUAAUGGAUAGCACACCUGCCUUGCCAUGCGAGGGUCCUUGGUUCGAAACUCACUUGACAAUGUUUUUUUUUUUUUUUUUUUUUUUUUGCUCAUGUAUUUGUGUGUAACCUCUAUUAAAACUGAUUUUUCUCAAAACUUCAUUCUACAUUAAUGGAUUCCAGCAACAUUAUUUUCACUAUUUCGUGUAGUCACUUGCGAAAUCACAUUUGGCAUCUCUAAUAAAACAAGAUCUUUUACACAACCUAAUUUGUUGUCUUCAGCUGUAUUUAAUAUGUUCUUCCGUUAAUAAAAGUCUGUUUAUUAUCAUGAUGAUCAUAUUGAUCUGCACUGACAUGGUUAUAAUGAUCGAAAAUUAGAUCGUGAUCAUGAGAAUGACAGACAGAUCACCCAAUUCGUCCUCAAGACGAAUUAAAAUUCUAGUUCUUAUUGUAUGCAUGAUGAGUAAAGAACAGAAUUAAUCACACCAAAAUCCAAACACAAUUGAAUGUGUUGCAGAUUUAUUGCAUGGACAGAAGCACUAUAGUGCACAUGAAAAACGAAAGAUUUAAAAGCUGGUUUCAAUAUUCAACAAAGUAUCGAAAGUGCAUUGGAGAUUGUUCAGAGAUCCAAGAAAAGAGAUACAAUUAUGAAUUUCAAUAAGUACACGUAGCCUACUGUGUAGCAUUCCAUAUUGAUUAUUUUGACUUCGUUUGGAUAAUUAAAUCUACUGGCUGCUGCACAAUCUAUUUUUACUAAAGACAGUUCCUUUGCCGGAGGGAAGUGAAGGUCGCAUUAGGGCCCCAUUGCAUUGCCAUCCAACAUUGGUAACUUGCAUUAAAUCCAUACUAAGUAAUUAUGCAACGGGGCCUGUUACAACUGAUAAUAUCGCAGCAACUCAUAAUGUCACACCAAGGCAUUAUGUGGCAGUCAACGCAUAAUGUCGUUCUUUUUUAAUGCAUAACAUCACAAAUGUUUGGUUUAUUGUGUCACUGUGUAUAAGUAAUGUGCUUUGUAAAACAUAAUACCCAAAAUUUGAUUGAAAAUGGCAGCCAACUUCACGAUCUCUAAAAAGCAAAAAAAAAAAAAAAAAUUGCUGAAUCUUAAGAGCUACAUGUACCAGGGACUCCGCCCCACGACCCCACCAACAUGGCACUUUCAUACUAAUAGAAGGGUUCCAGGGGCAUGACCCCAAUAGAUCUACACCCAAGAAUAUAAAUUAAAAAAAGAAAAGAAAGAAAAGGACCGGAAAAGGGUAAAAUAUAAUGUGAUUGAUUUUCUGAAUAUCAUGUCAGAAUUUAUGACUAAGUA